UGCGGUCUAUUUUGUGGACGUCGACCAAAAUGGUUGCGCGAGUUUUUUGCCGAAUUUUUUGGUACAUAUUUUAUUAUUGCAUUUGGUGACGGUGCUAUAGCCAACUAUCUACUAAAUAAAGAUAAUAAACUAGGUGUCGACCAUUUUGCCGUUUGUCUAGCAUUUGGUGUCGGGGUUAUGGUUGGCGUUGCCAUUGCAUCAAAAAUAUCCGGUGCCCAUCUAAACCCUGCCGUUACCGUAGCCCUGGCCUCGUGCAACAAGUUCCCAGUGCGCAAAAUACCCCUAUACUUGCUAGCCCAGUACCUGGGUGCAUUUGCGGGUGCAUUCAGCAUAUUUCUAGCCUACUAUGAGGCUAUCGAUGCCUACGAUUCCGGCCAUCGGAUACCCUAUCGGACAAAUACUACCGGUGCUGUUUCUAUGGCUACUGGCGGUAUAUUUUCAACCUAUCCGGCCGCACACGUAUCGUUAACCGGUUCGCUAGUCGACCAGAUUGUGGCCACAUCGAUGCUCCUAUUUGCCGUAAUGGCCAUAACAGAUCCGGGCGGUUUAAAUACACCGAAACCAUUGGAGCCACCGGUGUUGGCCCUAUUGAUUACGGGUAUAUGUAUAGCUUUCGGCUUGAAUUGUGGUGCCGUAUUGAAUCCGGCCAGGGAUCUGGGUCCCCGUUUUUUCCAGCUAUUAGCCGGCUAUGGCUAUCAAGCAUUUAAACCCGUUCAAUGUCUCUAUUGGCUGACUGCCGGUGUUAUAGGUCCGCACAUUGGCGGCAUACUGGGCGCCUGGACCUACAUGUUGACCAUCAGCGGGGAACGGUAUGUCUACGACGAUGAUGACGAUGAUGACGGCGACGACGAUAUUGGAUCCGAUAGGUCGGACAGUCGACGCCAACAACGCGGCUAUAAGUUACGCACUAUGGAUACACUAGCUAUUGGUGGUGGCGGUGGUGGUGUAGGCGGUGGGGGACUGGAUGUUAAAAAUAAUGGCCAGUCAUCGUCAUCAUCGGAUAGGAUAGUAGAUGAUGGUGGUGUCAAUCAGCCAUUGAUGUCCAUAGUACCUAACCUGGGUACUAUUACUACUAAUAAUAAAUGUAUAGUUAAUUUGGAGACAGCCUAAACUAAACUAAAAAAAAACUUUUACUUAUUAGGACUGUCCUAAUCCCACCCCU